AGGCGGACUCAACCACUGCGCCACCAGGGAAGCCCACCGAAGUAUUCUGAUGCCUCAUUUGCGAAGAAAAAAAAAAAAAGGGAAGGUAACGCUGACUCAAUAGUGGCAACAGCGGGAUAGUGAAAAGUAGAUGGGAAUGAUCUUCAUCGGCGUUGAAGACAAAAAAAAGAACAACUAGAGGAAGCCGGACGUGACGGAAGCAAGAGACAGGAAGCCCAACUUCGCCUUGGCGAGAGGGAUAGGCACGCGGCGGUGGCGCAGCGGCCGGAACGCAGUGACGUACUUCCGUUGGUGGGGCCGGCCGCGCGCACGCACACUUCCGUCGCGCCUGCGCAGGUGGCCCCCUACUCCAGGUUGUGGCGGUUUUUCGGGACCCAUAUUACACAUAUGUUAGCCUCUCAUAGGAGACUGUGCACUUUUAACUCUCGAGGGCGAUGCGCUAUGGUGCAGCCGUCAGGGCCGGCCAGAAAGUCUGCAGGUGCCUGUUGUCUGGGUUUAGUCGAGUAGAUGGGGGGCAGCCGGAGCAGUUGACGGGAGGGAGCGGCUCCUUCGUAGGGCCCUUGAGGUCGCACGCGGAGCUGCCCCCGGUGAGCGAGCCGAGAGAAGGCCCCGAGUCUGGCGGCGAGGAGAGCGAGGCGCUGCUAGAGAUCUGUCAGAAAAGGCGCUUCCUCAGUGGCACCAAGCGACAGCUUAGUCGAGAUUCUCUUCUGAGCGGGUGCCACCCCGGCCUUGGCCCCUUGGGUACAGAGUUGCGGAAGAACCUGGCGGCGGAAUGGUGGUCCUCGGUGGUGGUGUUCAGGGAGCAGGUCUUCCCGGUAGACGCCCUCCACCAUGAAGCAGACCCUUCGCUGCCCGGGGACAGCGCCUUCAGGUUAGUUUCUGCAGAAACACUACGCGAAAUCUUGCAAGACAAAGAGCUGAGUAAGGAACAGCUAGGAGCAUUUCUUGAGAACUUACUGAAAACUUCUGGGAAACUACGGGGGAACCUUCUUCACGGUGCCUUGAAGCACUAUGUUAAUUACCUGGAUCUGAUAAACAAGAGGCUACCUUUUGGCCUUGCUCAGAUUGGAGUGUGUUUUCAUCCUGUUUCUGAUACUAAGCAGACACCUGAUGGUGUUAAAAGAAUCGGUGAAAAGACUGAAGCUUCACUGGUAUGGUUUACUUCAGCAAGAACUGCGAGCCAGUGGCUUGAUUUCUGGUUACGUCAUCGACUCCUGUGGUGGAGAAAGUUUGCUGUGAGCCCAUCUAACUUCAGCAGCAGUGAUUGUCAGGAUGAAGCGGGCCAAAAAGGAAACAAACUUUACUACAAUUUUCCGUGGGGAAAGGAGCCAAUAGAAACCCUGUGGAAUCUAGGAGAUCAUGAACUUUUACACAUGUAUCCUGAAAAUGUAGCUCAAUUACACAUUCUGGCCUACUGGUUGCAACAUCCAUUGAUGAUUCUUGCCCAAAUCGAUUAUUACUAUGAGGGUUGCCAAAUGGGCAGAGAUGGACGGAAAAAUGUGGUUCCUUCUGUCUUAUCCAUAAAUGGAGAUCUAGACCGAGGCAUGCUGGCAUAUCUCUACGAUUCUUUCCAGCUAACAGAGAACUCCUUUACAAGAAAGAAAGAGCUUCAUAGAAAGGUGCUUAAACUUCACCCUUGUUUAGCCCCUAUUAAGGUUGCUUUGGAUGUGGGAAGAGGCCCAACAGUGGAACUAAGACAGGUUUGUCAAGGGCUAUUCAAUGAAUUAUUAGAAAAUGGAAUAUCUGUGUGGCCUGGUUAUUUGGAAACUGUGCCAUCCUCAUUGGAACAACUUUAUUCAAAAUAUGAUGAAAUGAGUAUCCUCUUCACAGUGUUGAUUACUGAAGCUACUUUGGAGAAUGGAUUAAUACAUCUGAGAAGCAGAGACACCACAAUGAAGGAAACGAUGCAUAUAUCCAAAUCAUUGUCUGGGCUUCCCUGGUGGCACAGUGGUUAAGAAUCCGCCUGCCAAUGCAGGGGACACGGGUUCGAGCCCUGGUCCGGGAAGAUCCCACAUGCCGCGGAGCAACGAAGCCCAUGCGCCACAACUACUGAGCCUGCGCUCUAGAGCCCGCGAGCCACAACUACUGAGCCCACGUGCCACAACUACUGAAGCCUGUGUGCCUAGAGCCUGUGCUCCGCAACAAGAGAAGCCACCACAAUGAGAAGCCCGCGCCACGCAAUAAAGAGUAGCCCCUGCUUGCCACAACUAGAGAAAGCCCGUGCACAGCAACGAAGACCCAACACAGCCAAAAAUAAAUAAAUAAAUAAAAUUAAUUUAUUAAAAAAAAAAAGUCAUUGUCUGAUAGAGACACGUACUCAAAUAUUUUUGAGUAAAAAUACAUGAUAUCUGAGACUUGUUUUAAAAUUUAGUUUAAAAAAGUGGUAGCGUAUGGAGGGUAAAUAAGGAUAGUGCUGAGUUGUUGAAGUUGAGUGAUGGGUACAUGGGAGUUCAUGUACUGCUUCUUUUGUGUAUGUUUGAAGAUUUUAAUAAUAAAAAGUUUUUAAAAACCAA